AUGCAUGGCACGGCUACGAGACUCUUCAAGGGAGAGAGCAUACUGUGCGAUGAACUGGUCUUUCCCGACUUCUUCCACAUCGCGGAUGUCAUGCCUUCAUGGUACAAGACAAUGAUAAUGGUUUUGAGCAGAAUGGGGUUAGCACUAUUGAUAGACUGUGCGAUAUUCUGGACAUGUGGACUUGGCGCAAUUGACGGACUUCUAACGAUCGCCCUCAGAAUCACUUAUGUGCUUGUAAAGCUCACCGUCUGGAUGCCCAGUCAGUUCCUGCAAGCAAUUUUUGACAGCAGGGAAAGCUUAAAAACUUCUUUUGGACCACCUCUGUGGCAUGAACCGCUUGCCAUUGAAACUAUCACUUCAACUCCACAUCCAUUUCUUUCUUUCUCUUCAGCACCAACACCAGCAGGGUCUCUUCGGCACCAGCAAAAUCCACUUUGCCACCUGUCAAUGUCGCAAAACCCACAUGCCCAACCAACUGUCACACAACUUUCAUCAACUUCUAGUGCUUUGUACAAUCGUAGCAGCAGGUCAAGCACGACCUGA